CCCAGGUCAGCAGUGAAGGACGGAGAGUCGGCGGCUUUUAUGCUGAGCUGAGCCAAGACCUCAGCUUUCAGCCCACUGUCCAGGCUCCAAGGCACCUUCGCGGGCUGGAUCAACCAAGUCCUCAAAAUGUCUGCGACUGCAAACCGCCCGGGCUCCAAGUCCAGCGUCCGAGUUUUGUGAUUAGCCUUCCAACGCUCCCUUACGACUCACAACACCCCGACAUCCGUGGCAGCCAUGCCCGAGUCUUCGGGCUAUACGGCGACGGAUGUGAUCACCUACAUUGGCGUGCCGCUUGCCGUGCUCGGGGUGCUGCCGAUCCUGUACAACACAGUCGCAACGCUCGCGGCGCUCUCGCGCAUCCGGCGCAUGCUGCGGCACAGCCGGCUGACGGCCCUGACGCGCAGCGACGUGGUCAACCGCGUCAUCGAGAUCGAGCUGCCCCGGUACGCCGUGCGGCCCUGGGACCGCUUCGCCAACCGCGACGAGUACUGGACACUCUCGCGCCACCCGUCCAGCAUCCCCGGAGGCAGCUGGACCACAUUCAACUGGCGCACCAACGUCAUUGGCCACAACACGCAGCGCGUCGAGUAUGCCGACCAGCUCCGCCAGCCCCAGGUCGAGGUGGCCUUUGACGACCUCAUCUGCUACCUGCUCGAUCUCGGCGCCGUGCCCGAUCCUCAUGGGUGGCGGCUCCUGCGUUCGACGGGCCUGUGGACCCCCGUCGGCUGCGCCCUGAUGCUGUCGCCCGACGGGAGAGAGAAGGCUCUGACUCUUGCGCCGCUGGACGGUUCAGACGGGCAUCUGAGUCUGGCCGUCUCCUGGUUUGGUCCGUGGACUACGCGCGACUACUCUCACUUGCCGCCGUACUGGGUGCGUCUGCCACCACCGCCGCCGCCGCCACCGGUUGAUGGAACCAAGAAGAACUCAAUUCCCGGCGAAGACUCCAGGUCAGCGGCAGAGGAGAGCGUGGAACCCCUUCAGGACGGCUCCUCAAGUCUGCACAAGGCAUCUCUGGAUUCUGCGCGGCGGCAGGGCGCAUCCAACGCGCGGCAGCCCAUCACGUGCCAAAUAUCCGCGGAGGGCAUCGUGACAGCGCUGUGCCAGGACGCAGAGGCGCCGCUGCAGAGCACGCUGCAGCUCGACAGCCUGUACAUCGAGCACAUCCGGGUGCGGCGACCCGGAGGGACGGCGUCAUCGAACGGCGUCUGGUUCGCCAGCGCCGCCACCGCCUACGGGACCACGAGCCAGACGGUGCUGUGGAACUACAAGAUCCCGGACGAGAUCCUCGCCUUUUCGCGCAAGGAGACGGUGCCAUGCGGUGUCAUGGUGCUGCUGGAUGUAGUCGGCGAGUCGGCGACGCCCGAUUGGGCGACAAAGCACGGCGGGGACCACGCCGCGCACCUGGAGCAGUUCUCUAGGAGAGCCCGCGAGCAACGAGCAGCUAUGGAGGCCGAAGCAAGGCUGCCGCCGGCGGAGAAGGCGCAGGCUGUGAGGGACAGGAUGAUGAGGGAGAACGAGCAGCGGAUGCAGGACAUGCGUGAUCGGCUGCGGCUUGAGACCCAGCGGAAGGAGGCCCGCAUGCAAGAAGCGCUGCAGAGCCCAAAGUGGGAUACGAAACUCGUCGCCGAACACAACCUUGCGUGGCUAAAGACCACGGGUGUCGUGUCUGCCGAGAUGGGGCUGAAGGAAGUCGUGGGCACUCUACUUCACCGGAUGGUUCUCGAUGGCGAAUUCACUUCGACGCUCUGCAGGAUGCUCGAUCUGUGGAAGGCGUGGGCCGAGAACGGGGGCAUGCGGAAGUCGGACUUUGCCGCUCUGCAGGAGGAUCAGACUACGUUUGCGUAUGCCACGCUGCUGGUCGCCCUGAUCAAGGACACGGCGACGGCCCUGGAAGGCACCUUGUCAAUGGACCUGCAGGAGUGUCUACGGAUGUGGCGCACAGUCCGGUUAGGGUAGCCAUGUAAUCGCUCUAUGCCUGUACAGAUCCAACCAUCCAUCCGCAUUUGCCCAUGAUAUCCAUAAUAU